UUUAUUUUGUUGUUCCAGCUCGAGUAGCCAAUCGUCAUCCACUGACUGAUCUCAAGCUCUGCUGGAGCUUUUAUUUCAAUGAGUAAUAUCUUAAAAUUACCCUCUGUAAAUUAAAUCAAAGAUGAUCUCAAGGUGAAAUCCUUUUGAUUACUGAAAAGCCCCAAGAAUCAUCCUAUACUGCAUUAUCCAUCUCUCUUUGGGACACCAUCUUGAAGCAAAGGAGAAUGCUGUCAUCGGUUCCUCAGCAGCGUUCAUCUUCAUCUCUCAACUUGCCGUCUAAUACAAUUCCGCGGCCUUCCCUCUCUGCUUUCUCAUCCCAACUCUUUCAUUUCAAUAGGAAAUUGAUUGUCCAAAAGAAUUACCAGGGCAUUUUGCUUAAGUGUGCACUUGCUAAAGUCAAGAAUUCGCCUUCACUAAACCCUGAGAUACUGGUCAAGGAACGCCACAAAUACUUUGAUGAGGUGAUCAUCACCGUCCGGGCCGGAGAUGGAGGUCAUGGUGCCAUUCUUACUCUGCCCAACCAGAAUGGUCCUUCUAAAUCAGUAGGGAAAUUUGAUAAAGAAAAAACAAGGAAAAAAGCUUCAUAUAAGAGGGAUUUUGAUGGUUCUCUUAUCCUUCCUGUUGGCGGGCAUGGUGGUGAUGUCAUAAUUUAUGCAGAUGAAAGUAAAGAUACGUUAUUGGAGUUUCACAAGAAGAGUCGGUAUAAUGCAAAACGAGGUGGAAAUGUUGAUGCAAUGGGUGUUUUUUCUUCUCAGUCACAUAGUGGACUUGCUGGUCCUGUACUGCGUAUUCCAGUACCUCUUGGGACUGUUGUUAAGCAUAAAAGAGGAAAACUUCUGGCUGAUUUAGCUCAACCAGGUGAUGAAGUUAUGGUUGCAAAGGGUGGACAAGGAGGGAUUAGCUUGUUGGAAUUGCCGGAGCACAGGAGGAAUAAGAUGAUGGGUUUGACCACUAAUAUAAUGAGAGAUGACAGUGACAAGGUUUUAGUGGUUGGUCAGCCUGGAGAAGAAGUUAGUCUUCAAUUGAUACUAAGAGUUGUUGCUGAUGUUGGUCUUGUGGGGCUCCCGAAUGCUGGAAAGUCUACUCUAUUAGCAGCUACCACACUUGCAAAGCCUGACAUAGCUGACUAUCCAUUUACGACCUUAAUGCCUAACCUUGGACGCCUUAAUGGUGAUCCCAGUUUAGGGGCUGGUCAGUUUUCAUCUGCGGCUACGUUAGCAGAUUUGCCUGGCCUCAUUGAAGGUGCUCAUCUUGGAAAGGGCCUUGGUCGAAACUUUUUAAGGCAUUUGAGGAGGACUAGGUUGUUGGUUCAUGUUGUUGAUGCAGCUGCGGAGGAUCCAGUGCAUGACUACAGGACAGUGAAAGAGGAAUUACGGAUGUACAAUCCUGAAUACCUUGAACGACCGUAUAUCGUUGUCCUAAAUAAGAUUGACAUUGCUGAGGCAAUGGAAAGGCUUCCAAAUUUAACUGAAGAAAUAUGGAGGAUUGGAAGUGAUGUGAUAGAAUUGCAGAGUGAUGAUACAACUGGAAGAGAAGCUUCUCAGUUGACCAGUGACAGUGAUCAAAUUGAUAUUGUUUCUCAGGAGAAGAAGGUGAAGACAAUUGAAGAAUAUCAACGGCCUUUGGCUGUUAUUGGUGUUAGUGUCCUGAAAGGUAUACAGAUCAACGAGAUGCUAAAGGAGAUAAGGGCGGCCUUGCGCAGUUGUCGAUAGGUCAUUGAAUCACAAGAGUUUUUGCAGAAACGUGACGAUAUAUUGAGAUUACAAGGGAUAAUUAUCAUGUGCAUGCGCUUAGUCUGACGGCGUAGGGCUAGGACUUUUUGGAGCUGAUCAAAACGCCAAGUACGAAACAUGGCUUCUGUUCUGGGCUCAGUAGUCACUAUGUGCAGUCCACCCACAAAAUCUAUAUGCUCAUGUGCUUCGGUUGCGUCACGAAUCAAUCCAUCUGUUUUUUUUUUUUUUUUUUUCAAUAGUUUUACUCAUAGAAAAGCAGAGGCAAUUUGUGUCUUAUUGUUGUAGAAUAUUUGGGACCAUUUAGGUAAAGUUAUGGCUCUGUUAUGAACUUCAUUAAGAAUUUUCUCCAAAACAAAAAAUUCAUUAAGAAAUGCUAUUUAACUUGCUAAA